AUGCCCUCGUCGUCAGUUCCUUUAAAAAUUCUUGAUAUCGCACAAAAAUUAAGCUUUUAUGGCUUAUUUAUUAUUUUCGUUGCCGCUCUUGUUGGUAAUACUCUCAAUAUUUUUGUAUUUACUAAAGUGAAACUUUUCAAAGGUAAUCGUUGUACUUAUUACUUAACUGUUGAAUCUGUUAUCGGUAUAUAUGUAUUUAUUCAAACGUGUAUUCUUCAAAUAUUUCAAUUAAUGUAUCAAACUGAUCCUGCAAAUAUCUCUCCUUUCUUUUGUAAAAUAAAAACGACAUUGAAUCAAUCACUUCGACUUCUGAUUGAUUUUAUAGUAUGUUUUGAAGCAUUAGAUCAAUAUCUUUCAACUAAUCCUCGUCUUUAUUUCCGACAAAUGAGUACAUUAAAACUUGCACGAUAUUCAAUCAUUGUAGCAAGUAUUUUAUGCAUUAUGCAGACAAUACCUUAUAUUAUUUUUUAUAAUGUUGUUUCUCCAUUUGGUUGUAUAAUAAUCAAUGAAGGUUUAAAAUAUUAUUAUUCUUUUGUUUAUUAUAUUUUUUUAAAUGGAUUUCUACCAAUUUCAAUUUCAACUGUAUUCAGUUUAUUGGCUUAUCGCAAUGUUCGUCAUAUAAUUCGACGACAAAUUCCUAUUCAACGUCGAAAACUUGAUCAGCAAUUGACAGCAAUGAUUUUUGUCCGAGUCAUUAUGUUUGUUGCUAUUCUAUUACCAUACACAUUUUAUCGAAUCUAUGCAGUCAAAAACAUUGCAUAUCCAGUUGGUAGUCUUCAAUAUGCGACAGUUCAAUUAAUUACAACAAUCGUUGCGUUAAUAAUGAUUUGCAAUAAUGCUUUGAACUUUUACAUAUUUGCUGCGACAUCAUCACGAUUUCGGCAUCAAGUGAAACACUUGUUUAUGAAAGUAUGGUGGCCAUCAUUAAGACAGUGGUUUAAUUCAACUGAAAAUCGAGUUCAUGCUUUGAAUAUAAUUCCAAAUGAACGCAGUACAGGAUUGGAAUCAUAA